AUGGCAUUGAAUCUAUUCAAUUAUUCCAUAAACAUUCAUGGAGGGGCUUCCUUGGUGGUCCUGUGGUUAAGACUCCGUGCUUCCACUUCGGAGGUCAAAGUUUCCAUCCCUGGUCAGGGGCCUUGCUUCUGCUGCACAAGCCACAGCCCAAAAAAAUCAUGGGUAACUGACAUCUUAACACUAUGGAGUUUUUCAAUUAAUAAGCAUGUUAAGUUGCUAAGUCAUGUCCCACUCUUUGUGACCCCAUGGCUUGCAGCCCCCCCGCCCCAGGCUCCUCUGCCCAUGGGCUUCUCCAGGCAAGAAUACUUGAGUGAGUUGCUAUUUCCUUCUCCAGGGGAUCCUCCUGACCCUAGGAUUGAACCCACAUCUCUUGCACUGAAGGCAGUCUCUUGCAUUUCAGGCAAACUCUUUACUGCUGGGCCACCAGGAAAGCAUGUUUUAAACCCCGCCUUCCCUCAUUUAAUUCAGUCUUUGACGUCUGUCACAUAA